AUGGUUGAUCUAAAGAUGAACCAUGGAGGUGAGGUGCCCAAAGCAGAGUACCCACAAGAAGAAUCAUCCAGGAGAUGUGAGGCUCGUGAGGAAUCGAGUCAUUAUCAACGAACCAGAAGACGCCGGCCCAAGAUGCAGGACACUCCUGUAGGGAAGGCCACACUUGAACCAAUCCACCCACACAGAUUGAUUCUCAACCUCGAUCAAGCAACUAAAUUAUCUUCUCUGCAUCUUCUCACGCCCCCUUUGCCGUCUAUCUCUGAAAUAAGCUCCCGCGCAGUCGUUCUCCCCGCCGCGCGCUUCGAUCUCCGCCGUCUUCCCCGCCGCCCGCUCCGAUAUCCGUCGUCUAUCUCUGCAUCUUCUCCCCAUCGUCGCCUUCAGUUGCCGCUGAAGGUUCGAGGACCCAAAUGUGCUCGAAGGUUUGCUGAGUAUGGCUGUCUAGAUUCUACCUCGGUUUUGAGCUCAGAAAAAUCUAUAGAGGAACUUAUUCAACAGCCUCCUCUCCAAGGAAUCGAAGAUAAUCUGAUUGAGUUCUCUGAGGCUUUGAGAACCGUUGCCAAGGCACUGAGACGGGUGACAGAAGUGACUUUGGUUGGAAAGAGUGAGCACUGGACUUAUGCCCUUAACUUGUCUCCAUCGGCCUUACAUUUGCUGAAAUGGCUUUCCAAUUCAACUCCCAAGUCUAAUAACUUCCAUAUAUUAGCUACUGACGGUAGGCGGAUCUGUUGGUUGGAAAAUGGCAUUUUGAGGCCGACUGAGAAGAUUCGACGUACAACUACUUCAAGCUUUCAAGGCUUCAUAGAUCCUGAAGGCGUCAAUUGGAAGAGUUUGUCGCCCAGCACCAUAGACAUAUAUUAUGAUGAGUUUAAGAAAUCUUUUACAUGGGAUGGGGAAGUUUACAGCUCGGACGUCAUUCGUAAGACAUGGAUCUCACAAGCUAGGCAUGCUUAUAAAGAUUUUGUCCAUGGAUGUAAGGUUAUUAUCGAUGAAGGGAGCAGACCUCAAUUUCUUCAUAAAGACAUUGUUACAAAGUGGAAGGAAUAUUGGGCGACACCUGUAUUCCAAGUUAAGUCGCAGCAGGCGAGCAAGAAUCGUCGAUCUGAGCCUGCUGGUCCAGGUACAGGAUUAUCUAUCCACUAUGGAGGCUCUCGCAGUGCUAUUAGUCAUGCUGAGCAUGUGGCUCGAGAGAAGAACAUUUCUAUCGCAGAUGCACAUUAUGAUACUUUCAUGAGGAUGCACUUUAAGAAAGGACAGUUCGAUGGACGGGCACAGACUCAGGGUCUUGAGAUACAUAGUCGAGUCGAGGAGUUACGCUCUACUCUUGGACGAGAUGUCACUCCAGAUGAGGUCAGUCAGAUCUAUAGGGAGGUGGUGACGCCAGAUCCGAAGGGGCGUAGACUCGGAUUGGGCAUUAUGUCUCAGAUGCGUUCCACUGGUUCGACGAGCACUCAUUCGACGUGCUCGUCUCAAUUUCCUUCAGCAGCAGUCUCAGCUCAGAUUGCACAGCUCCAGACAGAGUUAGAGCAGACACAACAGAGAGAGGCUACUCUACAAGCUACUCUACAGGCUGAGGUGCAGGAGCGACGACGAAAAGAAGCAGAAAUGGAGGCUGAGGUGCAGGAGCGACGACGAAAAGAAGCAGAAAUGGAGACUAGGCAAUUGGAAAUGCAACAACAAAUUUCUCAGCUUAUGAAAUUCUUCCAAUCAUCCUCCCGUUCCUCGCCUCCACCCUAAAUACAUGUUUUGUACUUAUUAUAUAUUGUUAUUAGAUUUUUAUGUAGAUGUUUAUGAAUUUAUUACACUAACAGGUAUCCUUUAUGAUAUUUUAUUAGUUCGAUUUUGA